AUCGGGAGCCAGCGAGAAGUGUACGCGGCGACGGGUCGCGAGAAUCUCGGCAAUAUUUCCCAAUAUAAUGAAAGAGCGGAAGGCGGAAAAUCACAGUAGAGAUUUUUCCGAGUAGGCGAGACGGAAUCUGUGUCACAACGGAAAACCCGAAAAAAAGUAAAAUACACUAAAGGCCAACCAACAAAUUCGAUCGAUCCAUCGGUUUAUGGAAUCAAGUGAACCGUGAACCGUAAAUCGUCUUGAAAGUAAAUCGUGCGUAGAACAUCAUGGACUUCAUCGCGAACAUCAUGAAAAGGCCCAAGAGUAUCGCCACCACUGGCAUUACGACCACUCAGCCAGCGGGCAAGGAAGCCACAGAGGUUGCCAGUCCCGUGGAUGAUCAUCCUUCUCCAAGAGAUUGUGAUGGAGCUUCACUGAUAUCCACACACUUGGGCACGCUACUGGAGUCUGCUUCGGAGGAUCUGCUGCGAUUAGAGGAGCAGCACUGCAGCCUGCUCAUGGAUCCCAACUCAAAUACACCUUCGACCCCCGCAAUUAGCAGUGGUAGUAGGGAAACCAUCCAGCAACUCUUGAGCGAGAUAAACGUCAAUUUAAACCAAGUCAGUGCUAACGAAAUGGAGCACCUGCAGGCUAUGAGUGGCGAGCUGAAUCCGCUGGCGGUGAAGCCCAGUCCCAAACCAUCAAGCAUGGAGCAGCAGAAGGCUCUAGCCGCUGCUCUGGGCCAUCAGACGGCGGCAACAGGUUGCCCCAAGCUGGAUGCGGAUGCGGUUCCUAAGUUUGGAGGUCUUCCCGAGUUCGACGAGUCGCAAAUCCCGGAUCUGGCUUCAUUAAACACCCAAAUGGAGGCCCAUUUAAAAUCGAAUCUUACGGAUUCUGAUUGUUUUGUGGAGUGUUUAUCGCUUCAUAGCGAGCGGUAUACUGGAGAUCGCUCCGAGUUGGAGGGCUAUUCGAGUGCCCUCAACGAUGUGUUGGAGCAGCAGUUGUCUAUGACCUCGACUGGCACACUUGAGAACGAAUUUCAAGAUCCUUUGGCGGUUAGCCAGCACAACAACGUCAGCUAUGAAGCCAUGGAUGUGGAUGAUAUCAAUGAAACCAUGGAAAUGUUAAAGGAUGUCCUGGGACCCGAAGAUCAUCAACUAUUGCAAGAGCAGUUGCUAACCGAAUCUCAGCGAGUUUCAGAGAAGGUUCCAGUGCAGUUUCAUGAAAAUCUGGAGCUGGAGAAGAUAGGUGAGAUCUCGAUUCUGCAAGGCGAUUUGGAUACACAAAAGGAACUCAAGAGUCAAUUGGAAAAAUCGCCUUUAAAAGAACAAGGACAGCCGGAAGAUACUAGCGUACCAGCCCCGUGCGAGACAGAGGAAGAACAUUUUAAAAGGAAGGAAGGGAAGCUGGAGAAUUUAGACAAGGAAACAGAGCGGCUAAAUCAGGAACAGGAAAAACAGGAGUUUCAUAAAGAGCCACAAGCGAUGAUGGAGGCAAAACAACCUCAGGAAGAUAAGCAGUCUGAAAUUCCUCAGAGUCUUCAAGAAUUAAGAGAAAUUGAAGAGGAUCCCCUAGUACAUCCUAAUCAGGAGCAGGCAACUCCGGUGCCAGUAGAAACAAUAAAGAGGAAUGAGUUGGAACUAACUAACCUGGAGCAAAAUGCAUCACCAGCUUUUGAAGCCACCGAGGAUAGAAUUGCUGGUGAGGAGUUUGAGCCCAUGGAAGUGGAUGUCUCUAUGCAAGUGGAGGAGGCCACGGUGAUAAGGUCACCUCAGCAGCAGCAAUUGGAAUCCCAGGCACCUAUUUCACCUUCCCCCCACUUAGAGGUUAAGGAAACGGCUCCAUUACCUCAACCUGCCCACGAACAUCGAACUGAGCAGAAAACUGUAGUGACAGAAGAACCAUUAAAAAGGAUUCAAAUGGAGCCGUCAGAAGCAACGCUCCCAGCAGCACCUCGAUCACCCACACUUCAAGCGAAAUUUGAAGAUCUGCCCCUUUCUCCACCCAUACCCACGCAUCGGCCAAAGACAGCAGAGGAACUAGAGUUCCUAGCUCUGAAGGAGCUGCCAUUGCCCGAUGAUGUAUCUGAAGACAACUUGAAUGUACCGAUGCAGGAGGUGGAGAGGGUUGUUGAAAAGGUGCUAGAGAAGGAGCCACCACAUCACCGACCGCCAGUGGUGGCAGUCACGCCGACUAAGAUGCGAUCUAUUUCGCCCCUGUCUUUGGAUAUGGGUGGUAAUAACAUGGCAAACAACUCGGCACCCACCUCACCUAGUUUCCCCAUCAGAGGACCAGCGGAGAAACCCCACCAUUUCCCACGCUCUCCAAAAGCUCCUCCAGAACAGGAGGAUAUGCCUUACUUGGAAGAGGCUGUGGUAGAACCAUCCUUGGAUCGAAAGCAAAGCAUAUUUGAUGCUGGAGUCAUCGCUAAGGCACCAGUGGUCAUCGAGGUAACGCAACCAAGUCCAGAGAAGCAGGCACACCUUAACGAAACCUUGCCCAUGAGCGAUCUUUCGCCAACACCCUCGAAUGGAACUUUCGACAGCGGGAUGACAAUGCAGGACAAACCAGUGUCGGACACGGAAGAUAACGAGAAUUCUCUUGGAUCUGCCGAUAAUAAUCAGCGGCUAACUUUUUCUGUGAUUCAGUCAACGGCGGAAAACGAGGAGGUCAAGUCUCGUAGGACUUUCUGUAUGGAAAAGGAAAACCCACGCCGCACCUUUUGCGUGGAGCAGAAUGCAUCCCCAGCGAUGGAGGCCACCGAGGAUAUCCUGGCUGGUGACGCCAUGGAUGUUGAUAUCUCCAUGCGUGUGGAGGAGGUAACCGUCACUAAAUCACCUCAGCAAAAUCGAAAGGAAUCCCAUGCACCUGUCAUAACUUCACCACCGAUUCCCACCCAUCAAAAUCUAAAGAGAGCUCCGAUCCAUGAGAUGAAUUCGCCAACGUCACCACUGGGAAAUGCUACCGUUGUCCUGGAGGAGCAGGCCCUGUCCGCCAAGGAGCAGGCCACUCUAAGCGCCAGCGAUGAGAAGGACGAUGUUUUUGUAGAGCACUUUGGUGCUAUAUCUCCUGUGUCGGAUGACAUGUUCAAGACGCCGCAGUUUACCAGCAGCGGCUUCCAGAAUCAAGCCAAGAUGAAGGCGAAUUCUACUACUUUUUCUACCGAAAACGGAGGAAAAGCUGCUGUUGUGCAAAGCAGGCAGCGAGGUGGUGCAGCUGGCGAGGAGGCGGAGUUUUUUGACGCUGAAUUCAAGGAUGGCGCCAGCAACCAAAACUUAAUACUGAACUCAUCAGAUUUUGAUUAUUUGUACACAAAAGGCAGCAAUAAUGCGCCCAUCGAUCGCAGUUCGCUGCUGCUGAAGUUUGAUCCGCUUCUUGGAGCCCCCGUUCCCGUUAAUCACCCAAAUCAGCAGGAACAGACACUUUUGAAUAUUCUGGGAUCAAACCAGAACCAGAAUCAGAACAGAAACCUCAGUCCCACAUUGGAGGAGCACGAGACAAGUGGUGGUAACCAGUCGUUUGGAAUCGAAGCAAGUGCCAAAGAUACCGCCAAAAAGUUGGAUUUUAAGCCACCUGUGGAUAGGACAAAAAAGCAUGUUAAAAUGAGUGUGGACGUCAUUGAUAACGAUUGCAACAAAACCUUCGAUAAUUCCAACCUUAAUACGGAGGACAAGUCCCAUAACUACAACAACAUGGAUGAGCUAGAGAAGAAAAUCAAAAAUGAAGUAACAAGGUCCGAAGACAUUGAAAAGAAGCUGAAGGAGGGAGAACAACGCGAGGAAGCGCUGAUCAAACGUAUAACAGAAAAGGAUAAAAUUAAUGCAAAACUGAACGGCGUCAUUGAGGCGUAUGAGAAGGCCAUUGCGGAGCUGAUUAGUGAGAAGGAGCAGCAGGCGCAGCUGCACGAGCGGCAGAUGCAAGAAGUGCAGGCAGACCGGGAUGCCAAUUACCAUCACUUAACGUCGCUGGAAACGACGUUCUCCGAUCUGCAUGUGAAAUAUGAGAAGAGCAAGGAGAUGACCUCACAGCUCAAAAGCAACGAGGAGUCGCUUCUGGCAGAGCGGAAGCAGAUGAUGGACAAUCUGCGGUUGCAGGAGCAGCGGUACGACAAGAUGAAGAAUCAUGCCAUGCAGCAGCUGGAAAUUGCAAAUAAAAAGCUAGAUACCUACGCGAGGGAGCAUGCGGACGAGUCGAAAAAACUGAAAGCUUUACUCAAGAAGGAGGAGGUCUCACGGGUUUCCAUGGCGGAGCAACUGCAGCAGAAGUCGCGCGAGAACGCCGAUCUGCUCAAGAUUUGCGAGGAGCUCAUCUACGGCAAGGGACAAGGUGGUAGUAGUUAAACUCAACCCGCGGGUUGCCCGGAAUGUAUUUUAUAUGUUGCUGUAAAAUCGCACACACCCUCAUCACAACACUCUCUCAUCCGGCAUGUGGAGCCCAUCUUGCAGCAUGUCCGUAGAUCUGUAACAGCGCCUCUAUCAUCGUCAUCUCCAUUUGUAUCAUGGUGUAAUAACUGCUCGGUUGCGUGCUCUUAACUGAAUAAGAAAAUGCAAAAGCACAAUUGUAUCAUUUUGCCUACUCCACUACUGUUGAAUUUCAAGAUAUACAACAUCUAACGAUCCGACGCAUAUUAUACUUUUUCUAGAUUUUUAGUUGACCCGUAAACACUCACUCACACAAGUCACAGGCAGACCCAUUGCGUUCCGUUUUGAGUUCCACUCGCCUUACGGGUCUGGUUGCCCGGCAUAUGUUACUAAUUCUCUAUCGAAUCUGUCUACUGAUUUAUGUUCUAUGAUAUUACCUGGCGGUGAGUUCUGCCCGAGAACUGUAUUGCGUUUGUUUGGUUUAGAAAUUGGCCAGCGAGCAAAUCGAUAAUGUGCAACGGCAGCUAAUUCAACAUAAAAAUGCAAAUUAUAGUGAACAGCGUUUGCUUGAGGCGCGCCUUUAUUAAUUGUUUAAGUUUAAAUUUAGUUUAAUUUAAUUGAAAAAAAUGUAAAAGUCGUACUAAGAAUAACUCUGUAUUACAUACUAGUACUAAAACAAGAAAGCGUAAAAAACAAGAAUCAUUCAAAAUACACGCAAAAAAAAUUUAUUUAUGCAUAAAAUACCUUUUUGUUUGCUUCGUGAAACGCUUGAAAUUAGAUUUGCCCAAAAUUGGAGGAGCUUGCCUUAUGGGACUAAAACACAGUGAAACAAACCGAAUGAGCUGAAAGCCCACACCAUUUUCAUUUAUACAUUUUUCCAUUACAAUUUUUUUUUAAUUUUUAAAAAUUGACUUGUUGCAAUAUAUAAAAUUGCUUUUGAUGAAAAUUGUAGCUUAAUAAAAAUAGGUCAUGUGUAGGGCUUUUUUUAUUCGACAUAUGUAAAAUUCAAAAUUUAUUUAUACUGCGAGCACGAGCCAACUCUUAAAUUAAUUAUAAACACUUUCAUCUUGCCAAGCUUUACGAACAGCACAACACCAGUGAACCCGUUGAGAACUCUUAAUGAAUUUUACUUCCAUUUAUGACAUUUACUGUACUCUAAGAACAAAAUAAAAUUGUUGAUCACUCAAAAGGGAAGUGAAGAAAAAACAAAUGGAGAAUUGUAUACAAAUUUGUACCCAGUCCAUAUAUUCAGAAAAAAUGCUACUUCAUAAUAUAUACAGCAAACAUAUAUAUUUUUCUAAAGUAGAAAACACAGACGAAACACUGAGACACACACAUGCGCUUUUAGGGAUCGUUUUCGAGGAAAGCCCGGAAUAAAAUAUGUAGUUUGACAUUUGAAAUCAAAUGGAUAAUAUAUCAAUGCGCUGUAAAAACACAUUAAUAGUAUUAAAACAUGCCAGCACAUAUGACUUACGAUGUGCUGAGCAUGUAAUGUACGUAAAGGUGAUCGAACGAGUUGCAUAAUUCAAUAAAUAAAAUAUGUAAUUGCAAUAAA